AGCAUGGAAUUACUCGGGAAACAUGCGGCUUCUAUGAAAUCCGCCACCGGCAAUGCCUCAGCGAGUCUUGCUGUCGCAGGUGAUUUUGAGGCGGCUGUAUCUCCAACUCCUAAAGAUGAUCGGUAGUGUCCUUGAGAAUUGCGGAUGUACAUCCAUACGCAAAGAUGGCACUGGGUAUGCUAUCUGCUGCAUCCAAAAUUAUGAUUGCUCAAGCAGAGCGCGACAUUUUGAUUUUUAAUCUUCUCAAGAAAUUGGCUGAAGUUCACUGCUUCAUGACUCAAGAUGACUGUCUUGACGAAAUUGAAUCGAUGCGCGGAAUCGUUGAAAAGAUCGUUCAGCAGACUCACGAGUGUGCCCAUUUCAUCAGGGACUACUCGGAGACAAAGAACUUUCCACAGCGACACUUUGGACGGCGUUGUGCAACAAUUUCGGGACCAAGUUGGUCGAGACGCGACCAUUUUUGUGCGGGAAAUACCCUGGAUCUCGGGGAUCUCGCUUAUGCAAAGGGCGCAGAAUCAAAUACCAUGCAACAGUGCCUACCAGGGACGCGCACGGAGAUUCUUGUCUAGAUUACGGACUAGAUCAACGGCAGUGGAGUGCUGCUAAACAUGUGGUGCGACUAUCUGGCCAGCAGGCACGGGCAAAUCAGCCAUCGCUCAACCGAUUGCCAAGGGUUCGGUGAC